GCGGGAGCCAUUACCCGCCGCCGCCGCCGGAGCUGAGUCCCCCUCUGAGCCCGGCCCCUCCGCCGACCGGCCCUCCCCCCCCCUCCCCUUCCCUCUCCCCGCUUCUUCCCUCCCCUCCCCUCCCCUUCGCACGCCCGGCCCGGCACAGGUGCUCUCGAGCCGGGGCGAGGGGAUGAGGUGCCCCCGUGCCGCGUGGUGUGCUGAAGCGGCUCUUUAGAUCCUCCCCGGCCCAAGCCUCCCCUGCCAUGGAUGCCUCGGGGGCUCUUGCUUCGGCUCCCUCCUCCGCGGCUCCCUCGGGCUCCCGCAGCCCCAUGUUGCCCCCAGGAGCUGACAGAGAGGAGUGGGGACCGAGGUUCAAUUGUGCCCCUUCCACCUCUGCCGCAGCCUCACAGGCGAUGCCAGCGUCUGGCCGGAAGAGGAAGGCCAACUUCUCCAAUGACGAGACUGAGACGCUGGUCUGGAAUGUGGUCCGGCAUUUCAGCGCCCUGUAUGGGUCUGAGGCCCUGCGGGCUCACCCUGUGCGGCGGAAGCAGCUCUGGACCCAAAUCCAAAGCCGCGUCAACUUCCUGGGCUACACGGAACGCUCCAUCGACGACCUCAAGCACAAGUGGCGCGACCUACGCUUGGAUGUCAAGAAAAAGAUCACCUCCAAGAAGCACCUGCCGGUGAACCGCGCCGGCGGGCCGCUGCACAAGCCGCGCCUCACGCCCCUCGAGAAGAUGGUGGCUUCCACCUUCUUGCAGGCCAGCCACGACUCGGAGCCUGAAAUCAUCUUGGACCCAGACCUGUUCUUCCCCGGUGCCACCAAGCAGUCCUUCAUGCACCUGCAGCCCAGCGUCAGCCACCCCAGCAUCUACAUCGACACCAACGGGCAGCCCUCGGCGCUGCCGGACGUGGAGGGCUCAGCGGUGCCGCGGGUGGCGGUGCAGAGCCCUGACCCUGCUGCCAUCUGCGAGUACAGCCGCGGGGAAGGGCAGAGCAGCUCGGCUGAGUCGGGACCAGAGCUGCGCACUGCAGACGCAUCAGCCAUUUCCCCAUCCUUGCGAAACGAAUCCCUCGUGUCCUACGCCUCCAUGUCAGAGGAGGAGGAACGGGAAGGCCGGGAGGUGGAGAGGGGCCACAGCGGGGCCACAGGGGUGCAGCCUGGGCCUGAAGCCCCCAUGUCAGCAGAGGAAGACAUGAAACUGUCCCGCCAGGCCAUGUUGAUCCGCCGCUGCAGUUCCCAGGGCUCCGUCACCUCCCUGCCCGAGGACCCUCUGAACCCUGUGGACACUCACUCAGACUGGGGCCAUGAGGGGGUCUCUGACCUGCCUGCCCUUGGCCGUGGGCUUGACUCCUCGCACCCUGAGGAGCAUGCGGGGGGCUCAGGUCCGGAGAUGGGUGCUUUGCCCAGGGUACUGAUGGGGCCUACUUGGGAGAAGCCGUCAGCAGAGGAGGAGCCCCCAUCCCGCUCCCCAUUGCAUGGAGCCCUGACCGAGGAGUCGCUGCCCUCCUCUGCUUCCCCUCCAGGAGAUGCCCCCAAUGCCCCUGGCCCACCCCGUGGCCUGGGCUGCUCCCGCCUGCGGGAGGAUCACCGCCGGGAGAGCUGGAGGACUAACAUCCAUCACCUGCUGGACCUGGAGGAGCAGUGGGACCAGCUGUACCACCAAGAGCUGGCCAUGUGGCAGGAGGAACGUGCCACCCAGCGUGAGGAGAGGGCCCGUGACCGCGAGCUCCAGUUCCGCUUGCUGGGCGUCCUGACGGACAUCCGUGAUGAACUGCGCUACCUGCGCCAGGAGCGGGCCAGCACGCGCCAGAGCCAGGCGGCACCGCUGCCGCCCGACCCACACCCGGACCCCAGCCCGCUCCUUGAGCAGCCCAAAGCCGAGCCCACCUUCCCUGAGCCUCAGGCUGGCACUGCCAGCUGGGCAGAGACCACUGUGCCCAGCCGAAGCCCCUUUGGAAACCGAGGCCGGGGUCGGCGUCGGGGUCGGCCACGCGGUUCUGCCCCCAGACACAGACGGCUCUUCCUUGCCAACAGCUAGGGACAGGCAAGGACUGACAAGGACAUGGCGUGCCCGACACCCUCCUGGUGCCCACAGUGGGUGCCAGCCUGUGAGCAGAGGGACAUGCACGUAGGGAAACGUUGUCCGUGGGUCAAGGUGUGCCCAAGCCAGCUCGGUGCCCACUCAGCUGGCACACCCGGACUCCUCACCAUGAGCGUGGGGAAGGCACAAGCGGGCACAGGCAACUGACACUGGGCAUACUUGUGCCCAGGGUGGGGUUAGAGCUAUACACAUGCAUGUGUGAAGCUGGGCGGGCUCCUGGGAGGCCUGGCUGUGCCUAUGGCCAUGCCUCUGCCACGGCAGGGCCCAUUAGCAAGCCGGGCACACACCAUGUGGCAGCAGGGCCGUGUGACAGCGCUAGUCGAGUAGGAUUACUACCUUUGGGGGGGGGACAUGGGAGGAGGGUGGGAGGUUAGGACACUUAGUCGCUGAUGUGCGAACCUUUUAUGCAAAUCAUUUAAUGACCUAAUUUGCAUAUAACCAUAAACGUCUGUUUAAAAAAAAAAAAAAAGAAAAGAAAAAAACACCCAAAAAACGCCCCCAGAAAAACCCCAAACAGCCCAGGAAAAGCUGUCUCUGUCUGUGUGACCUCAGAACAGGUUCAUGCUGCCAGUCUGUUCCAGCCCGUGGUUCUGCCCUGCUGAUGUCUGCAGUGUCACCCCGGCAUGAAGCGGCUGUGGGGUUGGGGGAGUUGAGUGAGCAGGAACUCCCCUGCCAUCCGUCGUGCCCGGAUUGGGUGCUAAGCAGGGUCCUCAGAGAGUGUGCAGUGUUCUCAGGGCACGUGCAGCAUCCCGAGGGAGUGUCCAAGGGUGCCCAGGACACCUGCAGCAUCCCCAGUAGUGCAGUGUCCCUAAGUACUGUGAUGUUUCCUGAGGAGUGUCCAAGGGUCCCAGGGCAUGCGCAGUGUCCCCAGGAGCUCUGUCUGGCCCUUCACAUCUCAUCCUCCACCCACAGCUCACAUGGAGGUGACAGCAUACCUGAAAGCCUCACCCUGGGCUGAUGUCCCACUCUGCCAACCAUAGCACAUGAGGACCAUGGCUACAUUACUGCUUGGUGGCAGCUUGUCACCCAGGUGAGACAGGGCGGGGGGGGGGUGUCUUUGUGCAGCCCAGCCAGUGCUGGGCCACCACAGCUUGUGACACCAGGAUCCUUGGCAUUCCCCACAAUCAACCUCAUGAGCCCACUCCCACUGCUCCACGUUCCAUGGUGACUCCCCCAGCCCCGUUCUUGAGCUCUCAGGUGCCUUUUUGGGUACAAGACCCUGGGGAUGAGGUCAGUAAUUGGGGGGGAGAUAAAGGGAACCUUGGAGGAGGGCAGAUUGGGGACCACAGUGAGGAGAUGGAACUCUGCAAUCCCACUGCCCUGUGUCCUGUGGUGACUCCCUUGGCCCCAUCCCUGAGCUUGCUUCUGCCUUUCUGUGUGCAGGACCCCGGGGAUAGGGUUAGGAACUGGAAGGAGAUGGGAGGACUUUGGGGGAAGAUUUGGAACCCCUAGAGGGAGACCGGAGCCCCCAUGAUCCCACUGCCCCAUGUUCCAUGGUGACGCCUCCCACCUUCCUCUCGUGUCUCCUCACAAAGGGGCAGGCUGGGACCAGAGCGGGGAGAUGGAACCCCGCAGUCCCACUGCCUCAUGUCCUGUGGUGACUCCACCAGCCUCAUCCUUCUGUUCACAGGCGCUGCCGUUGCCUUCCUGGGUGCGGGAUCCUGGGGACAGGGUUAGAAACUGGAGGG